AUGGGCGGCGCCAGCGCUAGUGGAGGCGAUGGCCCAGCUGCCAGCGGUGGGAGCAGCAUCAUCAGCGGCAGUAGCAGCAGCCGCAGCAGCAGCGGCGGCAGCAGCAGUAGCAGCAUGAGUAGCCGUUCGACUGGUACCGGUAGCGGCACGGCUGGCAGCAGCAGCAGCAGCAGCAGCAGCAGCAGCAGCAGCAGCAGCAGCAGCAGCAGCAGCAGCAGCAGCGGCGCCAGCGGUGGGGCCGGGGUCACUAGUGACAAUCCAGAUGCAAUCCUGGGCCCCUACGACACCCUCAACGUGGUUCCAAGGCCGAAGAAGCGUCCAGGGCUGUUGGAGCGUGUGGCCUAUGGGCGUAAAACAGCCGACGAGCUGAAUGAUU